UGAACAGUGAGGCAUCAAUCGAACAGUUGACUUGCAGAUGCUACGUGGACUCGCCAGACUCACUACACUUCCACGAGGCACGAUUGCCGGAAGACUAUUUCACACCUCAAGUAUUAGAAAGUAUCCUAUCGACAUGGAGAAAGUAAACACGACCGAACGGCUCACGCAGUUGCGAGAGCUUAUGAAGCGCAACAAGGUAGAUAUCUACAUUGUACCUUCAGAAGACAGUCAUCAGAGCGAAUACAUAGCUCCAGCCGACGCGCGCAGAGAGUACAUAUCUGGCUUCUCGGGAUCCGCUGGAACUGCCGUUAUCACUCAAGAGAAGGCCGCCCUGGCGACGGAUGGAAGAUACUUCAACCAGGCCGAGAAGCAACUCGAUAGCAAUUGGACUCUCCUCAAGCAGGGACUCCAGGAUGUGCCUACUUGGCAAGAGUGGUCUGCCGAGCAGUCAGAGGGCGGUAAGACUGUGGGUGUCGACCCUACCACUAUCACUGCUUCCGAUGCUCGUAAACUGUCCGAGAAGAUCAAGAAAAAGGGCGGCAAGGAUCUCGUUGCCGUCAAGGAGAACCUCGUGGAUUCCGUCUGGGGCACAGCAAGACCCGCUAGACCCAACGAAAAGGCCGACGUCCUCACCCUCGAUUUUGCCGGCAAGAAGUUCCAGGACAAGAUCGAUGACCUCCGUAAAGAUCUGGACAAGAAGAAGAGCGCUGGCUUUGUUGUCUCCAUGCUUGAUGAGGUUGCCUGGCUCUACAACUUGCGAGGAAGCGACAUCCCUUACAACCCCGUCUUCUUCUCUUACGCUCUCAUUAGCCCAACUACCACUACCCUCUACAUUGACGACUCCAAGCUCACUGCUGCCGCGAGAACGCAUCUAUCAGGUGUCGAGAUCCGACCAUACGACGCCAUAUUCACCGACAUGGAAGCUUUCUCCUCGAAUUCGACAGGAGACAGCAAGUACCUCGUCUCAAACAAGGCUUCGUGGGCUCUGUACCAAGCACUCGGUGGAGAGGACAAGGUCGACUUGGUGCGCAGCUUGAUAGGUGACGCGAAAGCUAUCAAGAACGAAACCGAGAUGAAGGGCAUGCGCGAAUGCCACAUUCGCGACGGUGCUGCGUUGAGCGAAUUCUUUGCAUGGCUUGAAGACCAGCUCAUCAACGAGAAAGCUACUCUCGACGAAGUUGAGGCUGCUGAUAAGCUGGAGUCGAUCCGUUCAAAGCACAAGCACUUUGUUGGCCUCUCCUUCGACACGAUAUCUUCUACUGGCGCAAAUGCUGCUGUGAUUCACUACAAGCCCGAACCUGGUGCAUGCAGCGUCAUUGAUCCCAAGGCUGUGUAUCUUUGCGAUUCAGGAGCCCAAUAUUACGACGGUACAACAGACACGACUCGCACCAUGCACUUUGGCGAGCCCACAGACAUGGAGCGCAAAGCAUACACCCUUGUGUUGAAGGGUCACAUCGCGUUGGACAACGUCAAGUUUCCCAAAGGUACUACGGGUUACGCCAUUGACGUCCUGGCAAGACAGUUCCUCUGGGCCGAGGGACUUGACUAUCGUCAUGGCACAGGCCAUGGUGUGGGAUCCUUCCUGAACGUGCACGAAGGACCUAUUGGUAUUGGCACUAGAGUCGCUUACAGUGAGGUCCCGUUGGCUGUCGGUAAUGUCAUCUCGAACGAGCCCGGAUACUAUGAGGACGGUGCGUUUGGUAUCAGAAUAGAGAACAUGUUCAUGGUGACGGAGAAGAAGACGACGCAUCAAUUCGGUGACAAGCCGUACUUGGGCUUCGAGCAUGUCACGAUGACACCCAUGUGUAAGAAGUUGACCGAUGAAUCGCUCCUCAGUUCGGCGGAGAAGGACUGGCUCAAUGACUAUCAUGCCAAGGUGUACGAAAAGACAAAGGGCUAUUUCACUCACGAUCAGCGAACGAUGAAGUGGCUCGAGAGAGAAUGUGCUCCAUAUUAGUAUAUCCAGGCUAUGGAGUGGAUAGAAUAGCAUAGGCAUAGGCAUAAGCAUAGGAUAAUUAAACGAUGAAG